GGCUAUCGGAGUCAAUUACUUCCUGAAACAAAACGGUCGAAAAAUGCGGUCUUUUUUACCUGCAGUAGCUGAACAACUUUUCCGAGACAUACAAAAAACCUAUCAGGAGACUUCCCAAAUUCCUGAUGACCUGCUUAUUGCGCUGAAGUUUGUCUUCGGGCCCUGUGCGCUGCAGGCUCUGGACCUUGUUGACCAGCACUCAGUCACCUGUGUGUCCUCUCCCAGUGGACGCAAAGCAUUUCAGGUAGUCGGAGGCUCAGGGCGUUUGUACACUUGCUUUGUGUCCUGUCACUACUGCCCGUGCCCGGCCUUUGCCUACACCGUGCUCCGCAGAAACGAGGGUCUGCUGUGCAAACACAUCCUGGCUGUCUACCUGUGUCAGGCCAUGGCUGUGACUCAGCAGGAGAGCGUGUCUGAUCAACAGAUGUCCAUGCUGCUCAGCGGGACAGCAGCCCCAUGACACCCAGACCAGACAACAAAAUACAACAACACAAAUACAGCAGGCAUCCAGUCGCCCACUAUGAAGAAGAUUAACGCAGAGUUCAGACUGACUUCAGUCCUGCAUGAAACAAUGCAGCCUUCUUAUUCAUUUGGACGGAGCCGGUCUGGGGGCGCAGCAGGAACGCCAACACUUGGCUCUAACAAAACUUAAAGAACAAAAUGCUCAGCUGACACUGAUGGGAAUGUAAUAGUUGAGACAUUUCAGUCAGUGGUGGCUCAACUGACAUUGGCAUCUAUAGAGCCACUCUGCUAGCAUUGCAAGCGACAAAACACAAAAACCUCAGUUAAGCUAAUUCAUAAAAAAACAGACAGAUCAGCUUCAAAGUCUUGGCAGAGCUACCAAAUUAAUUUUAAAGCUGGGGUAGGCAGUUUAUUUUGGUGUUAUAGGGCAAAAAUCUCACAUUAACCUUUGAGCAUAUUGUAAUUAAAGUGGUGUGAGAGAAAACUAGACCUCUGCACCUCGUCUUGGCUCUGUUUUCAUGCAGAAAUCUAGCUUGUGAUGGGACACUUCGGCCAGUCAAGGGUCAUUUCAGAGAGAGGACGUUCCUAUUGGUUCUUCUACAAAUGCAGAUGCAUGUGCAUGCCCCUUCUGUGAGAGCCUGAUUCACAGAGCACUGUAAAAAACUGUCACUGUCAUAUAUGGCGGCUGAUCUUGUCCUCUGCUCAAAGGGUGAGGAGCUCCCAAAUCUCAUUGUUUUGCCAAUAUGCAAACAUGUAUGGCUGCCGUUCGUUUAUUUUGAAUUAGGUGCUGACUGCAACCAGCUGCUUUUUGAAUUUCCCAUAGUGGGUCACACACAUAACAUGUCAUCAAAAUGUCACAUCCGUCCUGCCUGUAGUCUUAUUUAUACAGGCACCAAUUCCGCCCUGUUAUAACCUCCUGAGGCGGUUUAAAGGCACCACUCAGUCCCCUAAUUACGCACUUGUACCAUAUGUACAGCACAGUGAGGCGGCAUUAAGAGCGCUAUAUUCCCAUCUUGAACAUGCAGUGUAAAAGAGGCUAGUGUGUCCUUUGCUUCACUCCCUGCAGCUACAGACCACCUUGCCAGGAGGAGAGAUGGUAGCUCUCAGAUCCCUAGUCAGCGGCUGCAGCAACCUGAAACCAGCCAGCUCUGAGGGAUCGUACAGCCUGGACUCCCUGCCAGAUCAACAAACUUUCUUUUUCUAUCGUUAUAAAGGUUGGACGUGGCCCUGCUGCUGUCCACCAGCCAGCAGUGACACCUGACGCUGGGGAAUUUGCUCUGGCUGAAUUCGAGUGAAUACCGCUCCCGACUGAGGUCCGUUUCAGUUGCCCUCCCCCCCUGAGUGCACAGUGCUCGGUACCAUUGGUUUAAGCACACAAAAUCCUAAUCUAUGAACCUUAGAUAUGUUUAGCUGAACUUGUAUCAUCACAGAGCGUCCUGGGGAGGAUAUACUCUGGAGCCAGUGGAAAUGACACCUCCAUUUUAAUUAACAAAGUAAAGCAGGACUAAACAGAUAAAGGGAGUUGUAUGCCACUUUGGUUUUCAUGUAAUUUCCAUUUCAAAAGGAAAUACAGUCCAACUGCAGCAAUAACAGAUGGGCUUAUUUAUAUCAUUUAAACCACUGAUUCCCAACUGGUAGGCCGCAGUCCAAAAGUGGGUCAUGUCAAGUUUGUUAAAAACACUCUUUAUUUUUAAGCUGAAAGCAGCAACCCUGCCUUCAUCAGUCAGACUGACUGAUGGGGAUUCGCUCUGUUUGUUUUCUUUUUUUAAGUGAUAAGUUAUAAGUGUAUUUGUGUUGUAACUAUUUGUUAAGUUAUGGCAUUUUAAAAUGUAUCCUGGUUGUAUAUGAUUGCAUAGUUGUACUGUAUGUAGAUACUGUGUAUGUGUUUUUAUAUUUUUCUGAUGUAAAGUCAUGUAUAGAUAUAUUUCUAAUUUCAUUAAUGUAAAUUCUGCAUCUGCGUUAUUAACUGCGAGCAUGAAUGUUAAUAAAAUCACACUAUUUUAAUGUU